ACUAUUCCUACUCCUCUGUCUCUUUGUCCCCUUUUCUCUUCAUAUACCCCUCAAACUUUGCUUCCAAGUUGCAACCAUUCAUAUAUAUCUCUCUUUUUCCUUCAUGGACAAGUUGGAGUACUCAAAGAUGAUGAUGAUGAUGAGGGAUGAUGAGGUGGUUAUGAAGAAGAGGGAGACCAUAGAGGAUUAUUGUGUUGACGAACAAAAUGGUUACUUGGAAGAUGAUAAGAAGAAGAAAGGGGUGGUUGUGGCUUGUGUUGGGAAGAAAGACUCUGGUGGUGGUGGUGGUGGAGGAAGCAGCAUUAGGUGUUGUCAAGUGGAGAAGUGUAACACUGAUCUUCACGAUGCAAAGCAGUAUCAUAAGAGGCACAAGGUUUGUGAAUAUCAUGCCAAGGCUCAGGUCGUGCUUGUUGGUGGUUUACGACAACGUUUUUGUCAGCAAUGUAGCAGAUUCCACGAGUUAGCUGAAUUUGAUGACACAAAAAGAAGUUGCCGCAGGCGUUUGGCUGGACACAAUGAAAGGAGAAGAAAGAACUCUGAGUCUCAAGCAGAAGGCUCAAGCCGAAAAGGUACAGGCCCUCAGUUGAAGGACAUUGCUUGUGGGCAAGUUGAUGAUAGAGGGAGAAUUCAGACAACAAUCCAAGAAAAUGCAGCUUACAAACGUUUCCAGAUAAGUUGAGAUAUGCUUUGGUUGUGAAGCUUGCUCUCUCUCUUCUGUCAUCCUGGGGAUGUAUUGUUAAACUAUUCCUGUUUCACACUUAUAUAUGGUGAAAUAAGGCAACAUCCAUUUCUUGGUGUUGCAGUUUCCACUGAAGCAGUAGAAAUUAUGAACUUAUGUCCAUUUUAUGCUUAAUCGUUAUGCUUGACAUGGCUUAGUAUUCUUUGCCACCAUUAUGCUUUGUGUUGUGCUACAUAUCAAUUAGAGAAAGAUGAUUAGUGGAUAUAUAUCUUGGUCAGAGAUUUGAGACUGAACCUUUUAGCUACAGAACUUUGGAUAUCUUAAGUGGCAAAUCAACUAAUUUUCUCUCAAUCAUUUUGCUUAUAUUUACAGUCAUUCAUGCAACUAAUUUGGGUUCUUCG